ACUCUUUAAAAUGUAAUACCUUACAUUGUUCGUUUAACAAUUUAUCUGGUCAAAAGGAAAGUUUAUUUAGCUACUUACAUCGUAAAAAUUUACUAAACUGUUUCAGUUUAUUGGGAAUUAGCUGAAGCGCUAACUACUGACCAUUUUUUUAUAUUAAAAAAAAAUCUAAAUUGAAUCCGGACAGCAUCGUCUGUGCAAGCUCGUUGCGAACUUGACAACAGGAGAGAGGCUGUUCUAUGAUCGCAAAAUAGUAAUGUUGCGUUACGUUCGUAUUUUACAGCUAACUAUUAAACGGGUGGCAUAAUCCCGUUUAGUACCCAGGAAAUAAAAUUGCUUAACGGUGUAGGUACAUUUUACUCUUUUUCUGUCUUUAAGAACCGAAUAUCGUUCAAAAAUUAUUUAAUAGAUUUUGUAGAUAUUUAUAUUUUCUUAUGCAAUGUAGUUAAGCUUAGAUAUUCCGAUUUUGAGCCUAAUAAUUUUUUGACACAGGGUAGUCUUUUUGUGUAAAAACAUACACCUGUGGUGCGACAGUUCACGUCAACGAAGGCUCACGUUUCAUUUUUCUAUUUAAAUUAAUUAAGGAUCACUCACAUUCUAAUACUUGCAAUGUAACUAUACGAAGUAUUUAAAACAUUAAAGGUAAGAAGGUGUAUUUGGGUAACUCCGAGUCACUUCCAGUUGUAGUGUUAUUUCGAAAAUGGAAGCUGAUUUGAAGGAAUCAUCGGUGAUAAUCGAACUUAGCCUACUUUCGGGGUGAUUCACGGUUACUCAGUUACAGCUUAGUAGGUAAUAGGUACUUAUUUUAGUACUUAUGUAAACGGAUACCUGUUAGGUAUCCAGAAAGUUGUAGGUGGACGAAGUCAUUUUGUAAAUAAAAAAUAUAUAUGAAAUAAUAAAACUUAAUGUUUUUCAAUCCACAGAGUUGAUGUUUACUAAUUUAAUCAUUUUAGGUAAAGAAAUCUUUUAAGUACUGUGAUUUUUUGUGUACCCGUAGUAUUUUUCACAUAGCUUGAGUAAGGUGACAGCUUUCAUCUCCUUACAAUGUAUAGGAAACGUGCAUAAACUUGUAGGAGGCAGCACGGGAGCCGUCAGAUUUUUGGCGCGAGGCGUAAAUGUGAUGUGUAUUGUUCCGAUGUAGCCCACAAGAUGACAGAACGUACUAUGCACAAGAAAACACGUGACGUGUAAAUGUACAUGUAUAUAAUUCCGAUUCCGACCACAAGAUGGCAGACCCUCCAACGCGCACGGUCCCUAUAACCUUUAAACGCAAAAUUGUAUUGAGAUAGCUGUCAACGGACCCAAGCUAUUUGAAAAACACUACAGUAACCCAGUAGUACUUAGAAGUGGUAUGUUUUGAUUACGUAGGUACAUUAGUGUAAAUAUCCUACCCUAACUUAAUCUUACCCGUAGUUCGUAGUAUUUAGUACCUAGUUCGUCUAACCCAACUCCUUACGGCUCGUUAUGCACUAUCUAUGUAAUUUACUAUUAUUUUAUACUUUACAUUAAGGCUGUGUCGUGAAUAUGAGAAACGUGGACAAUAUUAAGUAAAUAACAGAUUAUGUUUUUCUUAACAGUUAAGUACGAAUUUUCCACUAACAAUUAAAGUCUACCUUCUCCCCUGUGCUAUUUUUGUACUUUUUUUUACUAUAGGUACAUAAUUUAAUUGAAAAACUACUUUUGACAUUGAAAGUGCAUAGCGAGCCUUAGUUUUGGGAAAGUGUACAAUGUGUAUUUUGGUGUAUAGUAGAGACGAUUGCGAUGCAACAGGUAGAAGCUUGUUUCCAUUUUCAUUUACUGCUUUUGUUCUUUAAAAAAAUACUAUUUUUCUUGUUCGUUGCUUGCAUGUAAAUCGCUUUAUAAUUUAAUUAGACUUAACUCCGAAUUCAAAUUAUUAAAAAUCUGUAAAUUGUUUAAAGGCUUGCUUUCUAACAUUUCUAAUAUAUAUGAAACGUGUGCAUAAUUUUUUAUAUCUAUUUCAAGGUAAUGAACCCCCUGGACGCCAUUUGCAACGUUCCCCGAAACGACGCAGUGUGCGUAAGCAACCUGAAAUCGGCCAAACCUAUUGAUAAGGCCAUUCUGCAGGAACGACCCGACGUCAAGAUCUUUCUGCCCUUCCGUUUUCACUUCUACAAACCCAAGGAUUUGUUCAAGGAGAACAGUUACAAAAAUUAUUUAGUGGCACCCGGUGGCGACCACGUACUCAGCCUGGUCGAUGAGAUAUCAUACAGCGCGCCGCCAGCGCCGCCGCUCUCGCAGAUGCAUGAGCUUUCUCCUGAGCUGUUCUGCAACGGCGACAACCGUCCUGCCAACUGUCCAGUCGACUGUCGCUGCACACAUAUGAUUGACGUGCCCCUAAAUUCUAUAGUCGAGAUUGUACUUGUUGAUGAAGUUCAAUCGCCGAAUCUUUCUCAUCCAUUCCACCUUCACGGGACAAGUUACAACGUCAUCGGUAUGGGCCGGUCUCCGGACAAGAACAUCAAAAAGAUCAACCUGAAACACGCAUUGGAUCUAGAUCGGAAGGGUCUGCUGCAUCGGCAGUAUAACAGCCCGCCGUUGAAGGACACCUUGGCCGUGCCCAACAAUGGCUACGUGGUGCUGAGGCUAAAGGCUGAUAACCCUGGAUAUUGGUUGUUCCACUGCCACUUCAUAUACCACAUAGUAAUCGGGAUGAGUUUAAUACUGCACGUGGGGACGCAAGGGGACUUGCCCCCUGUACCUUCAAACUUCCCUCGCUGCGGCAACCACCUCCCCACCAUCUCGCCUCCGCUCUACCCCAUACACUGAUGAUGGUCACCAUCACAGAUAACCAUUAAACCAUUCGAUCUCACUGAAUGUGAAUGGAUUCUCCAGGAAUCUCGUUUCCGAAAGCAUCAUUUUGAAUGAGUACUGCCAUAUUUAAUACUUGUGCUUAGAGAAAUAUGAAGGAAAUGCGAGAUAAUUUUAUUGUUUGUUGAUGUGUGAAUGACGUUAGAUUUUAAAACGAACGGUGCUACUUCAAAGAUUUUAAGAUGACCAAAGUUUCUUUAUCACAUGUGAUGUUUCUAUUGCUUUGCGUAUAAUACAGGUAUGCACCAAUUUGAAAAACGCUUCAUUCAUAUGGAUUAUAUACAAGUAUGUGUCUAAUAUAACCUAAUAAUAUAAAAGACCAGAGAAAAUAGAUAUUUGUUUUGAUUCACCUCGGUCUCUAAAUCUAAUUUAGUAGAAGAUUCAAAGUACGAGUAUGGGCCUAGGUUUUAGUAAUCUAACACAAGACUAUUACUCGUAGCUAUUUUAUGUCUAAUUUUACAUCAUGAAUUUUAUUAAAAGAACCAUUUGGUCGCCAAAGAUCUUUACCGAUAUACAGUAACUGGUCUGUUUGAGAUUAGAUAUAAUAAGACUAUUUGUUGUUGACUAUUUUUUGUAAAUAAUUUUAUCUUUCUUUUAUAAUUAUUAUAAAGUCUUUUAUAUUAACUGUAGAUCUAAAGUUUUAGUUAGUACACUGAUAAAUGUAGUGCAAUAUAAAACAGUUCCAAAUUAUAGUAAUAAUAUUUAAAAAGCGCAUUAUAAUACAUGCUUUCAUUUUUAAAUCAUUUUAUUGUUUUAAACUUUUGAGAUUAUAAGAAAAACGUUACCCUUCAUAACCUUUUAUCAACUUAUUCGUAAAUUAAGCAUUGUUAUUACUAUAUAUUUUCAUGAAUGAAACUAAUGAUAUGAAUGCUUGAAGUUGGAAGAUGCCAAGCUUAAAUACCUUUGUAGAGUCCAACACAAAAGAAUAUACAUAUACGACCAGUCUGGCAUAGUGGGUAGUGACCCUGCCUAUGAAGCUGAUGGUCUUGGGUUCAAAUCCCGGAAAGGACAUUUACAUUUACAAGGGCAUUUAUUUGUGUGAUGAACACAUAUAUUUGCUCCUGAGUCAUGGGUGUUUUCUAUAUAUAUUACAUAUUUUUCUGUAUACGUAUGUAUAUUGUCGCCUAGACAUAGUACAAGCUUUACUUAGUUAUGGGAUAGGGGGUCGAUCUGUGUAAGAUUUUCCCCAAAUAUUUAUUUAUUUAUUGCGAUAGUCAUACCCAUCAUUUCAUCGAUUCAUUUGUAAACACCUCUAGAUUAUAAUAGGUACUAUCAGAUUAUUCAGUCCUGUUAAUUUGAAAUUUUGACCAUCCACCUUUUAAGAACAUUUUAUUAAAUUAUUCACUUACUUGUUUUAACUUCAAAAUAACAUUAAUUUAAAAACUAUGUAACUAAACUAACAAACAACUGGCAUUUAAAAUGUGGUUUGCUACUAAUUCCGUUUUAUUUAUAUCUUUCCUUUCUUGCUAGACUGUAAAUAGAUAAUGUGGCAAAUAACUUGAUGAUCAUUAAUUAUAUUUAUGAAAAAUAAAUGAAGACUAAUAGAAACACAAAGCGUUUCGCUGUCGUAGCGCAAGCGUUUGUAACCUUGGCCAGGCACCCUGUAGGGCUAAGAUAGGCUCUUCGUCAUGCAUGACUGUCACGGCUGUCACGUUCUAACAUGUAUGUAAGCGCGAAAGUGACGGGAAUAGUGACAAGUGAUAAAAAUGGAACCAUGCUGCCACCGCUGGUAUGAAAUCUGUGUAAAUCUGUUUAUAUUGGAAUCUUUAUAAUUUUAGUUUAGCAUAACAUUAAGAAACAAAUUGAUCUAUUGUGUGUAUUUCAAAAUGUUUAUUUUACUUUAGUUCAAUUGUUUUAAGCUUGGAUAUUCCAACUUCUAGCAUAAAAGUUUUUGACACAGGGUUGUAUUUUUAUAUAAAAAUAUAGUACACCUGUGGCAUGGCAGUCUACUAAAAUAAAGGCGUAUUAUUAUGUUUCACUGCCCUAAGUGUGGUAAAUUAAUCAUUGAUGAAAUAUUUAUAAAACCGUCUUUAUUGACAAGAUAAAUGUUAUCUUAUUUAAGACUUUUUUUUUUUAAUUAGCCAACUGACCCCUGUUAAAUUGUCGGCGGGUUAAGUCAUUUUAUAAUUUAAUUAAAUAUUAAUAAAUGCAGUAUUUUUUU